AUGCUGAAUACCACGUUGCUACAGCUGCAGCAGGUAGAGCGGCAGAUAUCUCGCCUGCGAGAGUAUGUCCUGGAGCACAGGCGACUGGAGGCUUGUGACAAUGAAGUCCAGCGCGGACGAUUCGGCAUUACUAGCGAGGCUGAGGCAGUCGUGGCCGCAGCCAGUGCUUUCACGGCAUACGCCGAGGCAGCACAACCGCAAGACCGUGCAGCAGCAGGGCAGCCUGCAGAAGCUGCGCCGGAAGCAGGGCAAGACGCGGCUGCAGCACAAAGGCCACUCCACCGACGGAGGCUCUCACUGCUCUUCAAGGUUGGUAUGGUCAUGAUUCUGCUGGAGGUUAGGACGGGAUGGUACUUCUUGUAUAUUCUGCUUGCACUGGUCUACCUAGGUGGAAUGUUCGACUCGUGGAUAGAGUGGUUCCAGAACUUAGCAAAUGCACAAGUCACACUCGAGCACCAGCUGAAUGCUCUGCGCAGGGAGCAGCAGGCCAACGAAGCCGCAGCCGGCGUACCUGCAGAAGCUGCCGGCGAGUCGUCCGAAGGCAGGCAAGCACACACUCCCGAGCCGGACUCGAGCAAUGCGGGACACAGGCAAGCAGAAGAAGGAGAAGCUCCACGGCCCGACGAUGCCAACAGCGCACCGGAUGCACCAGCAGAUGCACCUGCAGCACCUGCAGCACCUGCAGCACCGCCGCCGCCUUAUUGGCAGAGAUUUAUCUACCAACUCUUCGUUAUGUUCUUUCUCACCCUGCUUCCCUGGUGGAACCCAAACCCACGGUUCCUGUGA